AUGUCGACCUUUACGCUCCCGGGCUCACGCACACGUGUCAACACCACACCAGACCUCUCGCAGGAUGAUCUACUCUCGUUCCCGGCAUUCAAAGUUUGGAUCUCCACGCUGCAGCGCUCCCUAGCUCGCCAACAGAGCCCAUCACACGAAUUCCAUGGGGAUCCGUAUAUACUGCGCACGAUUGAUAUCCAAGCCGUUGAUCGGUUUGGAGGAAGUAGACUUGGAUUCAUCAAGUUGAAGGCAGAUGUGUCUAAUGCCCGAGGCGAGAGUUUGCCUGGAAGUGUGUUUUUACGAGGUGGGAGUGUGGGGAUGUUGCUUAUUCUACAACCUGACGAUAUUCCUACCUCACAGGAAAAUGGAAAAUGGGCUAUUCUCACCAUCCAGCCUCGUUUACCAGCGGGAUCUUUAGCUUUUGCGGAAAUCCCAGCUGGGAUGCUAGAUGAUCAUGGGACGUUCGCUGGUGGUGCUGCGAAGGAGAUCCAGGAGGAGACAGGGCUACUUGUGCAGGAGAAUGAGCUAAUUGACAUGACUGCGCUGGCUUUACAGUCUGUUCCUGAAGGAAGUGAAGACGAGGCUCUUCAGAAAGCGGUGUAUCCAUCUGCUGGUGGGAGUGAUGAGUUUAUUCCGCUGUUUCUUUGUCAAAAGCGUAUGCCGCGGAAAGAGAUUGAGGCGUUGCAGGGGAAGUUGACUGGGGAGCGGGAGCAUGGAGAGAAGAUUACGUUGAAGGUUGUUCCGUUGGAGAAAUUGUGGAAGGAGGGGUUGCGGGAUGGGAAGACGUUGGCUGCUUGGGCGCUUUAUCAGGGGCUGUUGCAGGAGGGGAAGAUUUGA